CUUCUGAAAUGGUUAAAUUUCCUUCAGAGAUUUUCAAUUGGAAUGUGAAGGCUUAUUGGUGUAGUUUCACAAGAGCUGUCAGCGACUACUUCUUUGAGAGAGGUUUACAAAUCAAUAUUAGAAAAUUAAUUGAUGAUGAUAUUUUCAUCAUCAUUUCAACAACUAUUCAUAUUUAUAUGGCUAAUAACUCACCAAUUAUGUGAUACAAUUGAUGAUCCAUCUCCUGAAACUAAACCUCAAAGAGAAUCCAGAAAACAAUGUCGCGGCAGUUUUGAUUGCGACAUCGACCAAUGGUGCCACGGCAACCAUUGUGACCUGCCCUGUCCCAGAAAGAACUGUACCGAGAUCAAGCCACCAGAUGGAGAGUGUGUCGUCAGAGACCACCUUCCAGUCUGCAAAAGCCCAGCUGAGCUGGAAUUCGAGCAAGAAUUGCGAGACAGCGGAGGCUGCCUUAAUAAUGAUGAUUGCGGGGAAAAUGAAUGGUGCAUGUACGCAGUUUGUGAGGACGCAUGCGCACAACUCAACUGCGCAGCUCAACAAGACGAUUUCGAAUGUAAAGUGGAAAAUCAUCAACCUAAGUGUUACUCAACAGAGAUCGAGGCUGGAGAAAUACCAGACGAAUUAGUCGGACUGGGAGGAUCCUGCACUAGUAGUUUCCAAUGCCAGGACCACUUGAACUGCCUGAAAAGUGAGUGUCAAAACCCGUGCGGAACAGAAUGGUGUGACGAAUUCAACCUGGACGAACCACCAGAUAACUUCACGGAAGGCCAGAAACUCUGGUUCAGCAUGCACAAGAUGUCAUCUGCAGUGCCUGGUGUGGAUGCAUCAUGCCGAGUGCGUCUUAAGAGACAAUCCCGCCAUUAGUGGUUUCAACCAAAUUGAAUCACACUGAAUCCAGAGAGUAUAGAAUGUUACAUAUUAAAGUCUCCAGGCAAUGAAUGCUUGAAAAAAGGUAUAGCCUGAAGGAGGAGUUAGGAACACAAUUUUUGACCCCGUAGUUCUGUUAGGGGUAGUAAGUUAUUUAUUUAUACAUUUAUACAUAGGUUACAAUAUCAUCCUCAACUAUGAAUGAUUGGGAAAGGAACAACAGGCUUAAAGCCCAAGACUGUUCCUUCCCCAAAUUUAGAUAGAAAUUGUCCAAAAAUAGGUUAUGUUUACACUUUACGGUUUUUGUCCAAUUUUGAGUCCAAAAUAUUAUUAUAAACAAGAAAUUUAGGAUUUAGGAGAGUUGAAAACCAAAUCAAAUAUGAAUACUUCUCCAAAUCAUCACUAAUAACUGAAAAAUAUUGUAUCAAUAAAUGAACAUUUUAAAACUUGAAAAGAAACUAAAACAACAGCUGCCUAUAAGGAGGUAAACAUAAUGAAGGUAAAUAAUUGAAAUAUUUAAUUGGAGAUAAUUCAAUGUUCUAUGAGCUACAUAUUGAAAUUACUGAGAUAUUGCAAUUAUUCAAAUGCUAAUGAAUUACCUGAAUAAUUAUCUAUGAUCUCAUAAUCAGUAUGGAUUUUCCAUCUAUUUUCAAGAAAUGAUAAUAGCAAGAAAUUGGAGGCAAACGUUUUUUCAAAAAUUUCAUUCAUUCAAGAGAGGAUAUCUCAAAAACGAUGAAAGAUAUAGAAAAUUUUGUGUAAUGAAUAUUGUAGGAAAUUAUGUGAGCAUCAAUUUUGUAUUGAACAGGCAUGUCCGUAAGAUACAUAGUUUUCAAGUUAUAUGCGGGAAACCAAAACACGGUACCUUUGAACUAACCUCAGCCCCUUAGCAUAGGAGGUGGGGGUGGAAAGUUCUGUUAUAACAGAACUUAACAGAACUGCGGGGUCGAAAAUUGUCCUCCAAGCUUUUCCCUCUAUAACCCUUCCUUGACUGGACUACUAGAAUGUGCAUUCUAUACUUUCUGGUUGAUUCACGUCAUUGAUUCACUUUCAAAAUUCUGCUCAGUUCAGAUCCCCAGAUAUAAUAAGCUCAGAGACAGAUUGGAGAUAUAUAACCCAUUUUUUGACUACCUAUUUAUAUUAUUUAUUUUU